CUACUAGCAUUCUUUUUACAAGUGAAAAAAAAAAUAAAAAAACGCACACACUCUGUCUCUCUCAGAUCCAAAUCUCUCCUCUCCUUCUUCUCUUCUCUUAGAUCUCUAAAUUUAUCUAUCCGGAUCUUGAUUAAAGUAUUCGGAUUCUCUCGAUCGAGUCCCCGGGUCAUUUGAUCGAGAGUUAACUUUCAUUCUCGGAUCUGAUUUAGCUCUCAGGAAAUUCUCGGAACCGGACCCAAUCAUGAAUCCCUUCUCCUCCGGUACGCGUCUAAGGGACAUGAUUCGGGCAAUACGGGCAUGCAAAACGGCGGCGGAGGAAAGGGCUGUUGUAAGGAAAGAAUGUGCUGCAAUUCGCACGUCGAUGAAUGAAAACGAUCAAGAUUAUAGGCACCGGAAUCUGGCAAAGCUUAUGUUUAUUCAUAUGCUUGGCUAUCCAACACAUUUUGGUCAAAUGGAGUGCUUAAAGUUGAUUGCGUCCGCCGGAUUCCCGGAGAAGAGAAUCGGAUAUCUUGGCCUCAUGUUGCUUCUUGAUGAAAGACAAGAAGUUCUGAUGCUUGUUACCAACUCGCUAAAACAAGAUCUUAAUCAUUCGAACCAGUAUAUCGUGGGACUAGCACUUUGUGCUUUGGGAAAUAUUUGUUCAGCAGAAAUGGCUCGUGAUCUCGCACCGGAAGUGGAAAGAUUACUGCAAUUUCGGGAUCCGAAUGUUCGGAAAAAAGCAGCAUUAUGCACUAUACGGAUUAUAAAGAAAGUCCCGGAUCUGUCAGAAAAUUUCAUAAAUCCUGCUGCUGCCUUGCUUAAAGAGAAGCAUCAUGGAGUCUUAAUAACGGGAAUUCAACUCUGUACAGAUCUAUGUAAAGUCAGUCCAGAAGCCCUUGAGUUUUUGAGAAAGAAGCACACAGAUGGGUUGGUCAAAACAUUAAAGGAUGCUGUGAACAGUCCAUACACACCAGAAUAUGACAUUUCUGGCAUUGCGGACCCUUUCCUCCAUAUCAGAUUGCUUAAGCUUUUGCGUGUGUUAGGACAAGGAGAUGCUGAUGCUAGUGAUGUUAUGAAUGACAUACUUGCGCAGGUGGCAACAAAAACAGAGUCAAACAAAAAUGCUGGAAAUGCUAUUCUAUAUGAAUGUGUUGAAACUAUCAUGAGCAUUGAAGAUAAUGGUGGCUUACGAGUGCUUGCUAUUAAUAUCCUAGGAAGAUUCUUGUCUAACCGCGACAAUAACAUCAGAUAUGUUGCAUUAAACAUGCUGAUGAAGGCUAUUACUGUAGAUGCUCAAGCUGUACAAAGGCAUCGGGCAACAAUCUUGGAAUGUGUAAAGGAUUCAGAUGCUUCAAUCCAGAAAAGGGCCCUUGAACUUGUUUACGUUCUGGUGAAUGAGACCAAUGUAAAGCCUUUAACAAAAGAGCUAAUUGAUUAUCUGGAAGUAAGUGAUCAAGAAUUUAAGGGGGAGCUUACUGCCAAAAUUUGUUCCAUCAUUGAAAAGUUCUCCCCUGAAAAAAAUUGGUACAUUGAUCAGAUGCUCAAAGUUCUUAACAAGGCUGGAAACUUUGUAAAAGAUGAAGUAUGGCAUGCCCUUAUUGCUGUGAUCAGCAGUGCUCCUGACCUUCAUGGAUAUACAGUCAGGGCAUUAUACAAAGCUUUCCAAACAUCUUCUGAACAGGAAAGCCUUGUUCGCGUUGCAGUUUGGUGCAUUGGAGAAUAUGGUGACAUGUUGGUCAAUAAUGUCGGAAUGCUUGACAUAGAGGAUCCCAUAACUGUUACUGAGUCUGACACUGUGGAUGUUGUCAAGAUUGCUAUAAAACAUCAUGCCUUGGACCUCACUACUAAAGCAAUGGCUCUAAUAGCUCUCUUAAAGCUUUCUUCCCGUUUCCCAUCAUGUUCUGAGAGGAUCAAAGAUAUAAUUGUUCAACAUAAAGGCAGCUUUGUACUUGAAUUGCAGCAAAGAUCCCUUGAAUUUAAUUCCAUUAUCGAGAAGCAUCAGAAUAUAAGAUCUGCGCUGGUUGAAAGGAUGCCAAUUUUGGAUGACGCUACUUUCAAUACAAGGAGAGCUGGUUCGUUGCCAGCAGCUGCUUCAACUUCUGGUGGGGCUUCCCUUAAUCUUCCAAAUGGUGUUGCGAAGCCCUCUGCAGCUCCUCUUGUGGAUUUACUUGAUCUUUCAGAUGACCUUCCAGCACCCAGCUCUUCUGGUGGUGAUUUUCUUCAGGAUCUUCUAGGUGUUGAUUUGUCUCCAGCUCCAACACAGUCAGGCAUAGGCCAGAUUCAGAAAGCUGGCACAGAUGUUCUACUGGAUCUUUUGUCAAUUGGAACCCCUGUACAAAGCAGCUCACCUAUAACUGACAUUUUAUCGUCCAGUCAAAAUGACAAAUCUCCAAUUGCCACACUAGAUGCUCUCUCAUCACCCUCUUCACUCUCUGCACAAGCAACAUCUUCUGCUAGAGCUGCUCCAAUGAUGGAUUUGCUGGAUGGCUUUGGUCCCAGCCCACUGAAGCCUGAGGAUAAUGGUUCAGUUUAUCCACCUUUGGUCGCAUUUCAGAGCAACUCUUUGAGAAUAACAUUCAACUUCUCAAAGCAACCAGGAAACCCGCGAACAACAUUAAUCCAGGCAACUUUCACAAACUUGACACCUAAUGUCUUCACAGAUUUUAUUUUCCAGGCAGCAGUUCCAAAGUUUCUUCAACUGCACUUGGACCCAGCUAGCAGCAAUAUUCUACCUGCAAGUGGUAAUGGAUCCAUCACGCAAAAUUUGAGAGUUACUAACAGCCAACAUGGGAAGAAAUCCCUCGUGAUGCGUACGAGGAUGUCAUACAAGUUUGACAACAAAGUUACGUUGGAGGAAGGACAGAUCAACAAUUUCCCCCAGGAUUUGGGAAGUUGGUCGAACUAGAAAAAUGCUGAUGAUGCCCAUUUACAGGCUCCUAUUUUUUGGCCCACUGAGAAGCUCCUUCUCACUGUUUGUAGUGAUAGUUAAAUCCUUCUUUUGUAUUCAUCUAUAUGGAUGAAAUAUGGCUAAUAGCAGUUGGAAUGGGAUUUUGCUCGAGUUUGAAAUAUGUCCGUCUCAUACAAUUUUGUGUGUUUUAGGUGAAAAUAUUUCUGUAUGAGAAUUGAAUUAAAUUUUGGCUUCGAGGUGCAUAGAGAAGGGAAUUCGUGCUAUAUUGGAGUUGGUGACUUGAGUUUCUCCUGUAAUUUAACUUGUUUCCAGUCUUGUUUAUCAAGAUCAAAGUUGUCAAUAUUAUUUGCAUACGUUUUCU